UUUGACAAAGGAUAUAAAAUUCCAGUCCACGUGUUAUCACAGAAGGUCGCCAAUCUUAACCAAAUUUAUACGCAGCACGCUUACAUGCGUUUGCAUGCUUGUUGCGGUAUCUUUAUCGGAAUGGAUGAGGAGCUCAAAGCGCCUCAAAUCUACCGCUUCGAUCCCGCUGGUUGGUUUGUUGGAUGCAAAGCUUGUGCUAUUGGAUCAAAGGAGCAAGAAGGAACGAAUCUGCUUGAGAAGGUCGUUCGAAAUAAGAAAUUAGAGACGGAGGCUGAAGUCCUUGAAGCUGCCAUCGGCUGCCUGCAAUCUGUCUUGUCAGUAGAUUUCAAGCCCAACGAGGUUGAAGUUGGUCUCGUGACUCUUGCUGACCCGAAAUUCAGAUUGUUGAAUGAAUCAGAAAUCGAGGAGUAUCUGAACAGGAUUGCCGAACGUGAUUGA